AUGCUUCCUAUUCUCCGGCCAUCGCUUGGUGUCGCUUCCACAGUGAUCGGACAACGGGCCGGCCUCGCAGCUGUCUCUGCAGCCUUCCGAACACGCGCACGCCUUAGCACAGCAUUAUCCACGACACCAGCAACCUCAAAAACUACCAGAAGCAUCGUACACGACCACCCAUACCCAUCCUCGCAGCAACUCCGAGCCUACCGACGACAUGUAACCAGCCCUAAUCUCUAUUCCGGCACGCCAACGCCAUGGCGACCGACGACAACCGCUCGCAUCCCCCCAAUCAACACCGGCCCUCCUCCAUGGCGAGGACAAAAACAACAACGCCGUUUCGCCUCAGACUGGUGGAACCGCUCCUUCAACGAGCGCGUCGACCCCUACGGCGUCCACCGUCGCUACGCCGACCCGCUCUUCACCAACCAAGACUUGAAACGAGCCGCGCGCCACCAAAACACCAAAUACUUUGCCAUUUUCUGCGUCGCGGGAACCAUCAUCUUCUACUUCAUCAACCUCGAGACCGUCCCCGUGUCGGGCCGCACGCGCUUCAACAUUUACUCGCGCAAGCGCGUUAUCGAGGCCGGCGAGCUGUCCUACCGCCAAUUACUCUACGACCUUGAAAAAAAGGGGGUCGCCAUCCUGCCCGACUGGGACCCGCGCACGCAGCGCGUGAAGCGGGUGAUGGCGAAGCUGAUCCCGUUCAGCGGGAUGAGAGACGAAAAAUGGGAGAUCUUUGUGAUUGACGAUCCGCACACGGCCAACGCGUUCGUCUUGCCGGGUGGGAAGGUGUUUGUCUUCAGCGGGAUUUUGAACCUAGCUAGGACGGACUCGCAGCUGGCGACGGUGUUGGGUCAUGAGAUUGCGCAUAACGUCGCCGAUCAUGUCGGCGAGCGCAUGUCGCAGAGCCUGGGCGUGAAUAUUUUGUUGUACAGUCUUGUGGUGCUCUGCAGCGCUUUGGGUCUCGGUGCUAUCAUCGCCCAGUUUGCGGGCGCAUGGGCGCUCAACACGGCGAUCGCGAACCCGAUGAGCCGCAAGCAGGAGAGCGAGGCGGAUUAUAUCGGGCUGAUGAUGAUGGCGGAGGCGUGCUAUGAUCCGAGGGAGGCGGUGACGUUUUGGGAGAAGAUGGGUAGGAAGACGCAGGAAAAAGUGCCCGAGUGGAUGAGUACGCAUCCUUCGCACUCGAACAGAAUCGAAAAGAUCCAAGAGUGGUUGCCAGAAGCCCUGGAAAAGAGGGAAAGGAGUGAUUGUCGUACUACUGCCUCGUUUGCGGACCUAUUCAGGCAGGCGUUACUGAAUGGUACCAUAGAGAUUCGCCAGUAUUAUUAG